AUGGGCGCAACGAUAUUUGAAGCGCCCCCUCACGACCCUUCAAAGUCGCAAAUCGAGAAUGUCCUCGAGCUAACGCCGGUGACAGAUCUCGGCCCGGAUGUGUUUACAAACACCAGGCCCCUCUGGCAUCCUCCUGGCGCUCGAGGCAUAUACGGGGGCGCAGCCAUAGCCCAAUGUCUAUCUGCAGCUCAAAAAACGGUUCCGCCUGAUUUCUAUCCCCAUAGUAUGCAUUGCUACUUUGUCCUUUCGGGAGAUUCACAGUUACCGGUGCUAUACCACGUUGAACGAGUUCGUGAUGGGAGGAGUUUUGCUACUCGAACAGUCCAGGCACGGCAACAGGGGCGGCCCAUAUUCACCACAACCCUUAGUUUUGACCGUGAAGGAAGUUGGGGAAAGAAAGAGAUCAAGCAUACCAGGAAGAAACCCGAUGUUCCCUUGCCCCAGCAGCCAGAUGGGCUUGGACGAGGCCGAGGCCCAUUCGAGUCGAGACGGGUUGGAAUAACAAACAGAGAUUCCCCCCACGCUGCGGACAGGUCCUUGCAACUGUACAACAAGGCCCGGGGCACGAUAUCUGCAGAAGGUGGCAGACAAGCCCAUCUGACGGCCUUAGCGUACAUGUCAGAUAGCUAUUUCAUUGGCACCGUAUCCAGGGUCCACAAUAUCCGCCGCUUCUCAUCUCCAGGGGCUAUAGAAAGGGCCGCUGCAGCGCUAAAGAAAGAAGUGGGUGUCGAAGAAGAGCUAGCUAAAAGAUACCUUACGGACCUAGCCGAGCAAGAGGAACAUGAAUUAAAGCUAUCAAAACAGACCUCAGAUGACCCCAAUAUGGAAGUAGGCAUGAUGGUCAGCUUAGAUCACACGAUAUAUUUCCACGACAGGCGGGCGUUCCGUGCAGACGAAUGGAUAUUCUCAGAAAUGAGAACUCCAUGGGCCGGGGCAGGCCGAGGCCUUGUCCUGCAGCAGAUGUGGGCUCAGGAUGGCACCCUGAUCGCGACAUGCGUGCAAGAGGGAGUCGUUCGACUUAAGCAAGAUAAGCCCCCAACAAGCAGCAAACUAUAA